AUGGGAACAGGGGGUCUCGAGGUUGUCCGUUUCCGCAAGCGAUACUACAUUCGCUAUCAUCAGUAUGACUCUUACUUUGAGGGCCUCGGCGCCAAAAUCGUCGCAAGCAUCCCUGCCGAUCCUGCUGAAUACCAGAAAUGGCUCGAGUCAAUGCGAAGCCGUCAUGCAGCGAUAGAGCACGAGCUCGAAGAGAAAGUCUUCGAAAUCGGUAGCGGCCCCCAGCCCGAGGACAUGGAGGAGUACCAUGGGUUCGUGGAGCUCCCGUCUGAGCUUCCAAGGCAAAUGAACGACUGGUGCAUUGAGUAUUUCUACAUCAUCAACCUCGACAGCGAAGUUCUCACAAUGAACUUCAGCAUACACUGGAAGCUGGACAAUAUCCCUCGCGAGGGCGACCUAUGGAUGGAGGCCAUCUCCGAAAGCAUCUACCCGGGCAAGCCUACCAUCUCCCUGGAUAUAUGCUCGGAGGAGCACAUGGCUUCGCCGGCCUUGGAGCUUCCCGAGCCAGAUCCGGUUAUACCAUUCGAUUCCUGCCUUGUCUCCCCAAAUACGACUCUCAAUGAAGCGUGGAGCGCGUUCCUCACACUUUCUCUGGCCAAAAUAUUCAAGGCGUAUACCCACGAGAUCAUGCACUUCGGGAGGGAGUGGACCGCUGAUUCGUUCCCUUUCCGCGAGUUGAUGUUCGCCCUUGUGUCUGUUGCUGCUAAUCAGGCACGAUUCUAUGAUCCUCGUGGACAGCGGCGUCAGCCAGAAUCCUACAGUGCAUCUCGGCCUUCGAUACCAUAUGUCGAGGAUGAGUGCAUGUGGGUUGGCGACAGCGCCCCUCUACCUUUUGGUUCAAUGUCCCAUCGGCCGGGCAAACCCCCAGGGGCGUCACCCACGGAGACCAUAUACUGGGUGGAGGGUGUGGUGGUCAGCCUAGAUAUUCUGCUCGAUGGCAAGGCGGUGACCAAGGCGGUCGAUUGGGCCAUCCAGCAGGGACGUGUCAACUUCCAGGUCGUCAUCUUGUCAGUCUUUAAGGUGGUCUUUGCGGAGGUUUCACUUGGCGAUGGCAACAAGCCUUUCGUUAAAGUCAGCGACACACUUGAUCUCUCGCCUCUGCGUGUAGAGUACUGUGUGAGUACGCACCCACGAGAGCGCCCCGAGCUCAAGGACGGAAUGCAAUCCCAGUCCCACCACGGAGAACAGAUGCUUAUCCAUGACUCCGACUGCAUGGUGACUGCACCGAACCUCGAAGCACAUUUCCCGGUCCUUGCCGCCCUCGUGAAUUUCUUCGAUGUCGCCGCUACUCGCCGCGCCGCAACUAGUUCACGAGGGAAUCUUCCAUCAGAGAUAUACGCAAGGAUCCUGGACUUCGUCGAUUACCAUACCUGGAAGGCCUGUCUCACGGUCUCGACGGAGUUCCGUUUCUACUGCCUCCACAAGUACAGGUUAGACCCUGGACUUGGGCUUGUGGCAGGGCCGUUUGUGAGAUCGACGGGACGGACGGGGCGUUUGGCAUUCGACGUUGAGCUUCUGCAUACGGGAAAAGUCGUUCCGAUCAUGCUGGAGUUUCCAGCCUGGUCGUAUAACGAGAACGAAAAAUGGGAUUGGAAUCCGAUCAUCGGCGACGAACGAAAGGUGAUCAUGAAGAAUGUUAGUAUCGGAUUUGGGCUGGCGGGGGAUGCUCAACUGCUCGACAGCGGCGAUGAAGCAGCAACAUGA